CAACGGCAGCGACCAAUGAGCACACGGGCAGACUCUGACGUCACGAGUUUAUCAUCAUUACGUCGCAAAUCCAGGGACCCCUCGCUGCUCCUCCGACGCAACAGUUACUUCCAAAUCACGGCCGAAAGAAGAAGAGAAGGAGCACGACAGGAGGAGGCCUACGAAAGUCCCGAAUCUGGAAACGCGAUGGACGAACUCGUGAGUUGCGACGGCAAGAAGGAAGAGAACUACUACCAGAUCCUCGGCUGCGAUCCGUCGUCUACGGUGGAACAAAUCCAGGCUGAGUACAAGGUUCGCGCCCUUCAGUUGCAUCCUGACAAAAAUCCCGACGACCCUGAUGCGGAAGCUCAGUUCCAAAAACUGCAGGUUGCCAAGGAUACGCUGACUGAUCCAGAAAAGCGUACCAAAUAUGACAGGUGGUUGAAUAGCGGAAUUUUGGUUAGUUACGAGACAUGGUGUGGCAUGAAGCAGCACAUGACUACGAAUCUUCACUGGGCAACACCAAACACCAAAGAUCGGAUGCUGGAUUCUGGUAGUUCUCAAGGUGGUGGUAGCAAACCAGCAGGACACCGAAGAGCUUCUGAGCAGGGCAUCUUGCAUGGCCGGGCAGAUUUUAAAAUAUCUCGACCUUCAGAAGGCUGGGAACGAGAUUCGUCUGAUGUUAUGAAGAAAUUCAGAAAUUAUGAAAUCUAAAUAGGUAGCAGGUGACAAAAUUAUUUAUUCAUAAAAUUUGUGCUAUGUUAAUGGUUCAUUGUUGAUUAGAUCUUUACUGUUAUGUUAUAACUUUGUUGUACUGGUUAUGUUGAUCUCAGAUGUUUGAUAUAAACAAGGAAUAUUGUAUCACCUGUUCAAAAAAUGAAGUUGACUGGAUAAUCUGUGUGAAGGCUGGAAUCCUUCUGGUAAAUCUAACUCAAUACAGUGGCCAGUAUGCAUGCAAUAAUGACUAGGCUAUACAUCAUGAGAUUCGGUUAGUUUUAAACCACUGUUUCAAUUCAUUCAAGUUUCAUGUCAUGAACUUUUUCCAGGUAUUAAAUGAAAAAUAUGUAUCCAAUUCAGUAGGAUUAAUUGUUUUUAGUCAGUAUGUGUGAAAUCUUCUAAACCCACCACAUAGAUCAAUUAAGACAGCCUAGACUGUUUUAGGUUUAUUAUUCAGAUGUUAGAAGUCAUUUCUAGUCCUGCAUACAAAGAGUAUGUGCCAAGGUAGCAAUUGCCACAGUGCAUAAAUGGACUGAUAUGGUAUCAAAUAACAGUGACAAGUAUUUGUGGUAUUUGGAAAUUUACUCUGCCAAUUUUGCUAGCAUUGUCACCUCUUCGAGCUUCAUAGUACUAUAGGCAUAACCAAAAGUUAAGACAGGGACAAAAUAUUAAGGACUGAUAGUAACAGUCUGAAAUAGUUUACAAUAAUUAGAAUGUUCACACUUCUUUGUACUGUAAAGAGCUGUUCAUGUAAUACUCCACUUAGGUGACAGUUUUUUUUCUUUUUUAAACUGGUAAAACAUGGAAUUGGAACAGAGCAUUGGCUGAGGCAGAACUUACACAAAAUUUUGAGUAUGCAACCAAAUUUUGAUCCAUACAUGGUAGUCUGCAAAGCAAAACAUAUUUUAGCAUGAUAAUACUUGGUUUGUUUGAUAAAAUAUCGUUUUCCUUAGCAUGAAAGAUUUUCUUAAUAUGACUUAGAAUAAAUUUAGGAUUUGUAAUACAUUUCUGAAUAGUCUACCAGACAACUUUAGAUUGAUAAUCUUUGUGCAAGUAAACACAUUUACCCUAUUUUUUACAGCAUGAAUUUGUGGAAAAGCAUGCAAACAGGAAAUAUUGUUUGCUAAGCUGUCAGGAAGGUUUAAUAUGUAUAUGCAUACUAAGGUGUAUAGAGUUUUAAGCCCAAAAAUGUUUUUCCAACUGUGAAGAUAGAUUUUAGCAACAAAGACACGAUAAUUGUUAUAUUGCCAAUGUUACUAUUUUUCUAUCGGAAUCGAAUUGCCAAAUAGUUCCAGAAACUUGAACCUUGUGGUUAUGUGAUGUGAUGAGUAUAGAGUAUUGCAGCUGUUGCUUUAUUAGUAUGCUAAAUUAUCAAAACUUCAUUGGUGGGUUGUUUAUGUGAUUCAAGUACAGGCACAUGAACUGCUUUUAGAAUCGCAAACUUUAGCUCAGUUUUUCAAAAUUCAGAUGUUGACUAUACUGUACAGUAUUAAAGUUUAAAGUUUUAAUAAUAUACUGUACAGUAUUAAAGUUUAAAAGUUUUAAUAAUAAUGAUUUUGAUUGAUUGUGCAAUGUAGUUUUUGUGUAAUGGUUAAACUGCUAAAAAGUUGAUGUUGAAGAUUCUUGUAUGCAAGAUUUAUUAUUAAUAUGCAUAUGUGGUUAUUCAUUAGGGUAUUCACUUAAAUGCCAAGUGGUACAUCAGUGAUGACAGGCUUGUAAGAAGAAUAACAAAAUAAUUUUUCUCAGUGUUGCAAUUUCUAAUUUACAUUUUCUCCAGGUUCCGUAUAUUGUUAGGAGUAAGCUGAGUUUAUGAAUUUAUGAAAGAUUAUUUGUUAUUUUUUGUGCAUUUAUUUUUAGUGAAUAAAAAAAGUAUGGCAAACA